AUGGCCGACAAAAAACCCAAGGAAGGAGUCAAGACUGAGAACAACAAUCAUAUUAAUUUGAAGGUGGCGUGGCAGGAUGGUUCUGUGGUGCAGUUUAGGAUUCAGAGGCAUACAUCACUUAGUAAACUAAUGAAAGCCUAUUGUGAACGACAGGACACACCUGCACACUUGGAACUGGAGGACGAAGAUAAAAUUGAUGUGUUCUAG